AUGGCUGGGUUUAGUGGUUUCCCGAAUCAAUCUGGACCGUUCGAUGGGCCAGGAUCACAGUCUUCGCAAUGCUGUUUCUUCACCGAGGAGUCGCAGACCAUCGGUACCGACGAUCAGCCGGGUCCAACCAACGGCCACGAUCGCACGUCGUCCGCACAAGUUGAUCUCCGUUUCCUGCGACGCUUGCUGGCCAUUCUGCGACUCGCUGGUGCGAAAUACGCCGUCAUCCUGUUACUCCUCGCGCUCGCGAACAUCCCCAUUGUCGCGAAAAUGGGAACCGUUACAGGAACGUUCUAUUUCGCCCUCGUCAAUGGCAACCCCGAUGCUUUCCUCAAGACCCUCGGGAAUUCCGCGAUCUGGCUGACCCUGGCCGCCGUGUCCACGGCGCUCACUGAUUGGUCCGCGCAGUUCCUUUGCCUGAAAUGGCGGAAGACGCUAACGUCCGCGUGCCACGUGGCGUACAGGCGGAGCAGCUGGCUGUACUUCGCAUCUCUCGAGAAACGCGGCUCAUCUGCUGUCCAUAAUGCCGCUACAAAAGCGAAAGCCCCUUCUGUACCCGUUAUAGACAACCCCGAUCAACGGAUCACGGAGGACAUUCACCGAUUCGCGGAGCAGGUCUCGCUCCUCUUAAGUAGAACAGUAACCGCGCCGCUUACCGUGUUAUACUACAGCUGCUGGGUCGUGUCUCUAAUCGGUCCCACGGGCCUCCUAAUCAUCCUCCUAUUCUUCACAAUCGGAGCCGUCAUUACGCGCCGCGUUAUGUCUCCAGUCGCGGCGCUAGUGGCCGAGCAGGAAAGGCGGGAAGCGGAGUUUCGUAUGGCGCAUGUCAGAGUUAAGGAGCGAUCCGAGGACAUCCUUUUCUCGCGCGGCGGGGACGCCGAGGCGCGCCAGCUCAGCGCUGAGCUUGCAGCCGUCCUGGCCAAUCAGGAGAAGCUGGUGUGGCGGUACUUAAAGCUCGGAAUAACCACCAAGGUGUUCGACUAUGCAGGCGUGGCUGUUAACUAUCUAGCCCUAGCUGCACCUGUGUUCGGAAUAGUCGGAGCAGGUAUUUCUGGGGGAGGUGGAGAUAGUAAGGAUAAGGGGGCCGUUGCACAGUGGAUUAGCAACGCCUCGUUUGCGAUCUUGCAGCUGAUAUUCGGAGGAUCUCAGAUCAUCGAUGCUGCUAAGAUUAUAUCGGAUUCUGCUGGGUAUACUGCCAGGGUUGGUGAGCUGUUUGAGUCGCUGCAAUUGUUGCCUUCUGAUCGGUUGCAGUCACAUCCGGAGGCACGGGAAUUCAUGCUGCAGGAGCCGACUUGGCUGAUGGCGCCAAUACCAGGAGGCGGCGGUGGGAGGGCCGAUGGGCGAAUCCAGGGGACAGCAGAUGCAGGAGGUGAUGGGAGAGGCGGUAGGAGUGCUGAUGAGACAAUUGCAGUAAGGAACAGCAUGCAAUCGCCGUGCUGCCACGUGUCUGCAGAGGGACGGCUGCAUGCCCACGCUGCCAUGCACCCGAUCCUACAAUACUCCAUUCACUCUGUCCCGCCUGAACUGCGCUCCCUUGUAGCCGCCCUGCUGCCACAACCCAGAGGCGGAAGGGGGAAGGUGGAGACGAGAAGGGAAGCUGCACGUGUGGGCGAGGCAUGGGGCGUGAGUGUGACAGUAGGGGAUGUGGGGGUGGAAGGUGUGGAGAUAGAGGAGAUGAAGGUGGAAGAUGUGAGAGUGGAGAAGGUGAGAGUAGAGGAUGUGAAGAUAGUGGUGACGUUUCAGUGCAGUGAUGCAGAUGUGAGCAGGGCGAUGAACCGGCUGCUGUUCAACUCCCGCCUCUUCCAGCAGCAGCUCUGCGAGCAGGAAGGGAGCACAGCACUUGCAGACGCGAGUCCAGCAGACUCAGCCACAGCAGCACAUGCCGACUUGAGUCCCGCAGGUGCAGGCGCACCAACACAGGCGGAUGUGAGCAGGGCGAUGAAUCGCCUGCUAUUUAACUUCCGCCUCUUCCAGCAGCAGCUCUGUGAGCACAUCUGGGCGGCCGGCCACUGGGCUGACGCUGUCGACCCCCUCACCGGCUACCUCAUGCACGCUGCUUCUCGCACCAGUGGCAGAAGCAGCGGUCGUGCUGCUUCUCACAGUGGUGGUGUCACCUUAGAGAAUUCUCAAAAGCAGCUCUGUGAGCACAUCUGGGCGGCCGGCCACUGGGCUGACGCUGUCGACCCCCUCACCGGCUACCUCAUGCACGCUGUGAUUGUUGGACAUUCUCUUGUUCACCAAUCGUACAACUGCUAUCCCCCUACUUCGAAAGAACCUCUUACGGCAACCAUGGCGGCGGUUCGUUCGCUUAUCUCGUCCGUCAGACUCACUCCGGCUGCAGCAGUACCACUCAAAUCCUCAGCCUCCUCACUCGUCCGCGACGAGUCGAGAAAUCUCAACUUAAGCGUGAAUCUCGCCGCAUCAUGCUCAUCAACUAAGGGCUCUCGUCGAGUCGCACCUCCUUCUGCUGCGGCGACUACCCUCGCGGCUGCUGCUGCAGCACCCACAGCGGAGGACGCGCCGUCGGUCGCGGCGUCAGAAACGAAAGUCACGACACCGCCGCGGCGCCGCCUGAAGGUGGGGUGCCACGCGGCGCAGGGGCGGCGCGACGAGAUGGAGGACCACGUGGUGGUUCUGGAAGACAUAGGCGCCGGGUUCCUCUACGCCGGCGUGUUUGACGGCCACGCAGGCGCGUCUUCCGCGAAGUUUCUGAGCGACGAGCUGCAUGACGACUGCAUGGAGGCACUGGAGGGCGGCGCGGUGCUGGAAGAUGAGGACCUCACGGCCGCCGAGGACGCGCUUGAGGAUGCUUUCCUUAAAGCCGACCAACGGCUGCUGCAGUGGCUAGAAGAGCACAGCUCUGAGCCCGAGUCCGGUUCAACAGGCACGGUGGCGUUUGUGCGGCACGACCGGCUGUUCGUGGCGCACAUAGGCGACUCGCGCGCCGUGAUGGCCGUUGGGGGCGACGAGGGGUACAUCUCGGACGACCAUAAGCCCAGCGGCGACUCGAGCAAGGCGCAGGCGGAGAUUAAACGAAUCAACAAGGCGGGCGGAUGGGUGAGUCAAGGGCGGGUGUGUGGCGUCAUUGCCGUGUCUCGGGCCUUUGGCAAUGUGGCUUUCAAGACGAGAAAAGAGGAGAUGAUGCAACAAGGAGUGAAGAAGGGCAAGUGGACCACCAGAUGGGUCUCCAAGAGGAAGUACGAUUCUGAUUGGAUCUCAGCCCUCCCUGACGUGUACGGCACUGAGCUGACAGAAGAUGCCGAAUUCGUCAUUAUUGCGUCUGACGGCCUAUGGGACGCCUUCUCCAGCUCUGAGGCGGUGUCAUUUGUGCGCAGCGAGAUGCAGAAGCAUGGGGACGUGCAGCAGGCAUGCGAGGCGCUCGUGCACGCGGCUCUGCAUGACCGUGGGACGGAGGACAACACGAGCGUCAUCGUCAUUUCAUUGAGAGACUAG